AUGUUCAACUGGCCGGCAAACUUGUUGCUGAUUGCCUCGGCGGCGGUCGCUUAUGCCCUCAUUAUUUUGCUAUGGCGAUUGUUUCUUUCCCCUUUGGCCAAAUUUCCCGGACCUAAAUGGGCAGCAGUGUCGCUCUGGGCCGAGUUUUACUAUGAUGUGGUUUGUCGUGGCACCUUUGUCUGGCGCAUCGAGGAUAUGCACCGGCAAUAUGGCCCUUGUGUGCGCAUCAACCCAUACGAAAUCCACAUCAAUGACCCCGAAUUCUACGACGAGCUCUACGUCCAUACCAAAAAGUUGGACAAAUACAAAUGGUGGACAAACCUUGCUGGGGCUGAUGGCAGCAGCUUUUCCACCAUCCCUCACGAGCUGCAUCGCCUUCGUCGGGGAGCACUCAACCCCUUCUUCUCUGCCCGAUCUGUCAGCAAACUCGAGCCUUUAAUCAGAUCGAAAGUAGACAAAUUAUCUUCCCGAUUGAGCGCCUUGGCAAAGUCCGGAGAGGUUGUCCGACUUGAUGUUGCCUUCAUGGCCUUGACCAUGGAUAUCAUUUGUGACUAUAGCUUUGCCCUCGAUCCCAAAUAUCUCGACGAAGCAGAUUUCAAGCUGGAGUGGAAGCAGACAAUCAUUAGCGCAUUUGAGGGCGGCGCACUUGGGCGACAGUUCCCAUGGAUGUUGCCGUUGAUGAAGCGGCUUCCAAUCUCAUUCGUGACCGCGUUGAACCCUCCUCUGGGUUUCUUGCUGCGGUGGCAAGCAGGUGUAGAAGAACGUGUAAAGCCCAUCCUAGAUCGAAAAGACGACAUAUCGCUAUCGGGUGAUAAAGAAGCGUCCACCAGAACUAUCUUCCAUACUUUGCGAGAUAGCGACUUACCUGAGAGGGAAAAGACUCUCCAAAGACUGUGUGACGAGGGCCAAAUUCUCACUGGCGCUGGAUCUGAAACAACUGCGCAAACGCUGGCUCGUCUAUUCUUCUACCUACGACAGAAGCCAAGCAUCCUCACGAAGCUACGGGAGGAAUUACAGCGAGCCAUUCCUGAUUCUGCUUCUGUUCCAUCAUGGGUUGAGUUGCAACAGCUCCCGUAUUUGACUGCUGUUAUCAAAGAAGCCCUUCGACUUUCCUAUGGAGUUACUACCCGGUUGCCUCGUGUUGCUCGCCAGGACAUCAGAUAUAAGGAGUACACAAUACCCGCUGGCACUCCAAUCUCACAGACGCCGUAUUUUAUUUUGAUGCAUCCCUCCGUGUUCCCUGAGCCACAAGAAUUUCGACCAGAGCGGUGGCUUGAAUCCGGCGAAAAGGACAGCAGGUUAGAUAGAUAUCUUGUCAACUUUGGCAAAGGCAGCCGGCAAUGCUUGGGAAUCAACCUCGCGCAUGCGGAGAUUUACCUCACCACAGCAACUCUUGUCCGCCAGUUCGAUUGGGAUCUUUACGAAACGACACUCGACGACAUUGUUUGCAAGCGAGACUUUUUCGUUGCAGUGGCUAGCUUGGAUAGCAAAGGCGUCCGGGCUACAAUGUCUAUGAGAAAUGACAAUAAUACAUGA